CAUAUCUACACCGGAGCCUUUCCCUGUGCAGUGCACUGCUUCAGUCUCCUUAUCUCUUUCACUCCCACAAACCUUCAGCAGCAAGAAUGGCAGCGCCGGGCUCGCUAGGACUUCUCCAGGCGCCGUCCUUCGCCGCGGCCAAGUGCCGUCCGGUGACGGCCACGAGCCGGGGAGCGGCACGAGCCGUGUUCGCCGUCCGCGCCUCGGCAGCUUCUGCGGCCACCAAGGACGCAGUUCUCAGGCCCUUCCGUGAGAACAGGGCUCUCAAGAUCAUUUCGGGGCUUCAGAACUUCGACAGGUCCAAUGUUGCGUCUGUCGUCACGGCUGCGGAUAAGGGAGGUGCUACCCAUGUUGAUAUAGCAUGUGACCAGGACUUGGUAAAGCUUGCGCUGGAGCUUACUAACCUUCCGAUAUGUGUAUCGUCUGUUGACCCUUCAUCAUUCCAAUCUGCGGUAGAAGCUGGUGCGCAAAUGAUUGAGAUUGGAAACUAUGAUUCCUUUUACGAUGCAGGCAUCGAAUUCUCUUCUGAGCAAAUACUGAACUUGACAAGGGAGACAAGGAAGAUACUUCCAGACAUCACAUUGUCAGUAACAGUUCCUCACACUCUGAGCCUCCCAGAUCAGAUGAGACUUGCAGAGCUACUUGAAGAGGAAGGUGCCGAUAUCAUCCAGACUGAAGGUGGGAAGUGUUCUAAUCCGACAAAGCCUGGGGUGCUUGGCCUAAUUGAAAAGGCAACACCAACAUUGGCAGCCGCAUACUCCAUCUCCAGAGCCGUCAGCAUACCGGUGAUGUGCGCGUCGGGGCUAAGUUCAGUUACUGCACCAAUGGCAGUAACCGCAGGAGCUGCCGGCGUGGGAGUUGGCUCUGCGAUUAACAAGCUCAACGACGUCGUCGCGAUGAUCGCCGAGGUGAGGAGCAUCGCAGAGGCUCUGGGGACGACGGCUUCGAGGAAUGUGUCCGAGGACCUGAGAAGAGUUCACAAUUAGUAUUACUAUUCUAGGUCGACACGGCUUUUCUCUGGACAAACUCGAGAAGUCAGUAAGGAAUCAGGAGAUGUAGUUCCAGCAGUUUAGCAUUUCUCCUGUCUGCUAGCCUUUGUGCAGAUCUAGAGAAGAUUGCCUGAAAGAGCUAAGAUAACUAAAUCGGUUUACGCCUUCCUCUUUAUUUAUUUUGCAUAUUAUAUCUAUAGAAUUGGAAGAUAUUCUUGCUGGUGAUAUGACCUGAGCCUUUGAAGACAGUGAUAAAGCUACUUUGAAUA